GAGCGAACAUGGCCAGCAGCCUCCACCCAAAGUUGAGCCAUUAAUGCAAGGGGAAAAAAGUUCAAAAACGUGACCAAAUGUCACUGUUUGCUCAGUGAUGCAAAGAGGAGGAAACAAGGUAUGCAGACACAAUUCAGUCUCAUCUCGUUUCCUCCCUUCACCUGACAUAUAUAAUUAGUGAUUACAUUUUGGUAAAUUAAGAUGCUUUGGACCUCCCCAUCUUGGUAUAUAAGCAGGAAAGUGCAGGAGAGUCUAUUCAGUAACAGCGUCAGAAGUCAGAGAGGGGGACAGUAGGAACCGUCCCUUUGGUUAUCCACCAAGUCACCCCUGUAGCUCUCAAUACAUUAUAUGAGGACAGCUUCUCAUCCACAAACCUCUUGUAAGUUGUGUGGUUAUUUUAGAUUGCGCUUUAUUCACCAAGCUGGUGCCAGAAUUGACGACAGCGAGCUUCUUACUUCUAGACAAGAUCAAACCAGCGUUUCCUGCAAACUUCCACUCUGAUAUCUGACAGAAAAAUGAAAGUCCAUUUAGCCGUAGCUGUGAUGUUUUUGGUUCUAGUAAACGUUUUUUCAGAAGAUUUGGGCACAAAUGAGGACCUCGGUUACUGGACAGACCUGAGCCAAGCACAGCAGGAAGAUCUAAUGGCAUCAGCACCCCUUCAAGAAAUGCUAAGAAGAAUCGCCAGGAAACCUAGACCAGAUCAGUUCUAUGGUUUAAUGGGAAAGAGAGCACCUGGAGGUGGUCAAAUCACUCGAAAAAGACAUAAAUCAGAUUCUUUUGUUGGACUUAUGGGAAAAAGAGCUAUGUUUGAUGAUUCUUCAGAAUGGAACACUGCACAGAACUAUUACAGAAGGCGUUAAACCAUUCCAAUAUGUUAUUUAUUAAAAGUAAUUCCUCAAAAGGACCAGAGUGUAAUAUAUUAUAUCCACUUGUAAGAAUAAUUAUUUAUUAAUAAGUGCUGAUGAUUUAAGUCAUACCUCCAAUAAAAUGAUUAUUUUUCA